ACCACGUGCAUGACUGGUACCCGUGGAGGUCAAAGAGGGCAUCAGAUCCCCUGGAACUGGUGUUAUGGAUGGUUGUGAGCCUCCAUGUGGGUUCUGGGGAUCAAACCCGGGUCCCUGAAAGCAAUAAGUGCUUCUAAACGCUGAGCCUUCUCCUGAGUCCCCCACUCCCCCAUCUCCGGAUCCGCAUCCCCAACCUCGGUCGCCAGUAGUACCACCCAUGGCCCUCUCUCCAGUCUCGCCUGACCUCCGCCUAUGCUUUGGCUCUCUACCCUCCGCGGUUUCGUCUGUGAAACAGGAUCGCGGGGUUCGACGUCAGCCGGGGCUCUCAAGCACUGUCCUGACCAGGGGAAAGCCGGUCAGGUGGAAAAACCAAUCUCCCCAGCUCUGGAACCCGUUUCCAUGACAACGCGGCUAACCAGCGUCUGCGGGCGGGGCGCUGCACGUCACUUCCAGUCCAUUUGCUUCCGGGUUCCGCUUGUGCCUCCUCCACUGUCCCUAAGGGGUGAGGUCGGGUUCCGCGGAGAAGCGCUAACCCCCCCAUCUCCCCCUCCUUUCGUCUCCCGCCUCCUCCUCUUUGCUCUCCGUUCUUCGUGUUCACCUGCUGGCCACCGGCUUCCGCCGCUCCCUCGCAGACUCAGCGCGCAGCCGCGAUCCAGUUUCUCGCAGGGCCCGCCUCCGUUGACGUCAUUUCCGGGCCGAGUGCUUCCGGGCCGCCGCUAGCUCCGGUCCUAGUCUCGGUCCCCGGAGCCGGCGGGAGCGGCGGGGCCGUGCGGGGCCGUGCUCCGGCGGCGCUCGCUUCCCUCGCGGGCAGCGGCGGGCUGUGGUGCACUCUAAGGUGAAGGGGACAGUAGACUGCCUGGUCUACUCUUCAGUGGCUUCAUGUGGCCAUUCACAGAAACCCUGUGUGUGCUGCUGGGAGUGGGACCCAGCGUCUCUCACACUGCAGUCCCAGCCCCCACCAUCAGGACAGUCGUUGGUGUGUCCUAGCAUGUGCUGGUUCCUGGGCACCAUGCCAGUUCUUCAUGUGAUGUGCCAGUCUCCGGUCCCAGAGCCAUGGGGGAGAUGAGGUAGCCCUUUGGGUUUGAUUGGGGAAGCCCAGUUCAAUGGAUACGAAGUACAAGGAUGAUUUAUUUCGGAAGUACGUGCAGUUCCAUGAGGGCAAAGUGGACACCACCCCCGGCAAGCAGCAGCCUGGCAGCGAUGAGUACCUGCGGGUGGCAGCUGCCACCCUGCUCAGCCUGCACAAAGUGGACCCCUUGCAUCGAUUUCGGCUGAUCCAGUUUUAUGACGUGGUGGAGAGCUCCCUCCGCUCACUGAGCAGCUCCAGCCUGAGCGCUCUGCACUGCGCCUUCAGCAUGCUGGAGACGAUGGCCGUCAACCUCUUCCUGUUCCCCUGGAAGAAGGAGUUCCGCAGCAUCAAGACCUACACAGGCCCUUUUGUUUACUAUGUCAAGUCCACAUUGCUGGAGAAGGACAUCCGAGCCAUUCUGAGGUUCAUGGGCUACGAGCCUGAGUUGGGAACUGCGUACAAACUCAAGGAACUGGUGGAGUCCCUCCAGGUGAAGAUGGUCUCCUUUGAGCUCUUCCUAGCAAAGGUCGAGUGUGAGCAGAUGCUGGGGAUCCACUCGCAGGUGAAGGACAAGGGCUACUCGGAGCUGGAUGUGGUGACUGAGCGGAAGAGCAGCACAGAGGACGCGCAUGGGUGCUCAGACGCUCUGCGGCGACGGGCUGAGAGUAGGGAGCACCUGACCACUUCCACAGCUCGUGUGGCACUCCAGAAGUCAGCCAGUGAGCGGGCAGCCAAGGACUACUACAAGCCCCGAGUGACCAAACCCUCCAGGUCGGUGGAUGCCUACGACAGCUACUGGGAGAGCAGGAAGGUCCCCUCAAAGGCCUCCCUGAGUCUGCGAAAGGAGCCCUUGGCCAUGGAUGUAGGGGAUGACCUGAAGGACGAGAUCAUCCGCCCAUCCCCCUCCUUGCUGACCAUGUCCAGCUCCCCCCAUGGUAGCCCUGAUGACCUUCCAUCCAUCUCCCCCAUCAACGGCCUUGGCCUUCUGCGCAGUACGUACUUUUCCACUCAGGAUGACGUGGACUUGUAUACAGACUCGGAACCCAGGGCCUCCUACCGGAGGCAGGAUGCUCUGCGGCCGGAUGUAUGGCUGGUCAAAAACGAUGCCCACUCCAUCUACCACAAGCGUUCAGCCCCCACCAAAGAGUCUGCCCUCUCCAAGUGCCAAAACUGCGGCCUGUCCUGCAGCUCUUCCCUCUGCCAGCGCUGUGACAGUCUACUUGGCUGUCCUUCGGGCUCCAAGCCCAGCGCCUUUCUUAGCAAGGCCUCUGCUCAUGACAGCCUGGUCCAUGGGACACCUAUGCGGGAGAAGUAUAUGGGCCAGACUCAGGGCCUUGACCGGCUGCCACCUGUCCACUCAAAGCCCAAGCCGUCUGCCACAGGCACCUCCCGCUGUGGCUUUUGUAACCGUGUGGGUGCCACCAACACCUGCACCCAGUGUUCAAAAGUCUCCUGCGACGCCUGCCUUGGCGCUUACCACUACGACCCCUGCUGCAGAAAGAGCGAGCUACACAAGUUCAUGCCCAACAACCAGCUGAACUACAAAUCCACUCAGUUCUCCCAUCUCGUGUACAGAUAGGCCCCACCCCCAUCUUCCGCUAUAAGGGCUACACCACUGACCUGGCUUGGUCCCAUCCAGAGGUAGCAGAGCAGCAUCAGAAGUGGAGACCUGAGCUUGACCGUGGCAGCAGCCAGGGCCACUGCUCCUUCACACUGGAGUUCACUGAGCACUUCACCCCCACCAGUAGCGGCUGUGUGCUCUGAGGGACAGGGUGGCACGUCCAUCCAGGCAUUUCACUGACCUCUCCACUCCCUGCUCAGCUGGUUUGGGUUUGGGUUUUGGUUCUGGUUCCUUUGAAAUAAGGUCUCUGUCUCUGGGACUCUUGCCACACCUACCCCUCCUUCUGCAAAGCCAGCUUGGACUGGGAAUGAUCCUUCGGGUCACCUUCAAAUGCCCACCAGGAGUGGCGGGCGAGCUAGAGGCCUGCUGGCUUGUGAAAUGAGCCCUCCUGCCAUAUCGGGCCUCUCUGAUGGCUCGCCUCUUUUCCUGCUCCUGAUACAAGGAUCCCUAGGCAGAUGUCCCCGCCCCCUCCCUCCCCCAACUGGUAUCAAAGGGGAGCCAAGUCCAGUAUUAGCUGAAUGCCAUCUUGCCAGCUCCACUCAAUCAGCCCACAGUGUUGGCGAGCUCUGCUCAGCAGUUGGAAAGUGGACUCCCCAACAGGACUGAUGUCCCUUCCUGUCUGCACCCUACUGUACUGUAUAUACAGAGUUUGAGGUUUAUUUUGAAGUGAGUAUUCAACUUGCUGUGUGUUUCAACAUGGUGAAAGAAAUUAAUGAUAUGGUAAUUAUAAAGGUGCCCUGAGUCCUUUAGUCUUCCAAGGGGGUUGCUCAUGCCCUUUCCCGGGGUGGUCUCCACUUGCUAGGGUGGAGCUGAGAGCCUCGGGGUAGGGGACUGACAAAGCCCAUGUUCCUCCUCAUGUGAGUAGAGAGCUGCUGCACUUCCCUACAGUAAAUAUUCGACACCUACCUCCAGUGUGCACGCGGGGUUAGCAUGGUGCCGAGGUCUGCAUUGACCCCAGUGACAAGGUGGAGACCUCAGCCCUCACAUCUACAGCUCUGGUCUUGGUGCCUGCUGAGCAUGAAUCUUGUACCCCAGACCUUGAGUUCAUUUCAGAAGGAAAUUCAGGUGGGGUUCCCUCCACGCCCAUCUAAGCCUUCCUCACUGGUUCCCAGCGCUCUGUCUUCUUGCACUAGGGUGAGUAGAGGUAGUUGUGUGCCCAUUGGACAGAUGCUUCUCCAGUACUCAGCUGAGUGUCCACGAUUCGUUGUAUAAAUAAUCCACCUCUGGAUUUUCCUUUUUGGGAAGCAGAGCCAGGAGAAGGGCAGGAAUUUGAAACUCACUUCUUUGUGAACUGGUAACACACUUUAGCCAUAGGCAGUUGUGAUGUCUGCUGUUUGGGAUCUACGUGCUAGUGGGGUUUUCCCAAAGGCAUUCAGCUCUGGAGCAGGCUGACUGGCCACACCCUGAGCCACUGUGAAUGUGCUGGUGUUCUUCCGACUUACUGGAGUGAUUUUAAGGUUUUCCAAUCUUAUACGGCUCUUUUUAUCUCUAGCUAUAGAUCACAUGUAGAUAAGUGCACAUACAGCUAAAUUUGAGCAAUCCUGUUACUGAGACUAGCCUCCCUGGGCCGCGGUCCUUGAUGUUCCUUCUCCAUUGGCACUGCCUGGCCCACUCCUGGGAGCUCUAGUUUUCUAUUCCAGUUUGCUCCGGGAUUGCAGGGACUCUUAAGAUGGAGGCCGGGUCACCCGAGGAAAUGCUGUGUGUGCAGGUUGGCACGGCCUCACCCUCCUAGGUGUGUCUCACUGUAGGAGAUUGCUGUGAUCCGGAUAGUUGAGUAUAUGCUAAUUUAAAAAUGCACAUAUUUUGCAUUCGAUUUCUACAGAGUUGAAAUGAUCAGAGAAGAUUUUAAAAAACUAACUAAAUAAAGUGUCUUCCAUUGUUAAAAGAAGUGUUUAUGGUGUUGCAGCCCCUCCUGCGGCUUCCCAUUUGCAGCACACUCUGGCCUAUAAGCCAUUGUUAGCACAAGUGACAGGAUCCAGAUACUGUCUGGGCAUCUGGGGAAGAUGGGAACCAGGCCCAGGGGCCAAGCUGCCCAUUUCCCCAGAAUGGGCUGUGUCCUCUGGGAGAAAUAAUUGUUGGUGGCUGCAGACAUUAAGAAUCCUUCCCCUUUUAUUCCUGCCUCCAGAUUUCUCUAAUUAAAGGCAUGUUUUACCAUA